AUAAUACAAUAUUGUAUGAGCUGCAAGUGUAAAGUUCUCCUGUGUGCACAGAACGGGAGAGCCAGCUCCGAGAGCAGUGAUGAGCCUGACCGCUGGCAGACCGUGUUCGGGGCCGUCACUCAGCGGGAACUCAGGUUCUACGAGUCCGCCCCCUGGAGUGUGGAGGCCUGGAGCUCGCCCAUGGAAACCUGCCCCCUCAUCUCAACCAGGUUGGUGAGCUCCACGAAGCAGACAGACCUGAUCACGUUCUCGGUGCGAUGCGGAACCCCAGAUGGUGUGGUCACACAGCAGCUGAGGGCGGAGACUCACCGUGACUUGGCCAACUGGGCGAGGUGUGUGGUGCAGGGCUGCCACAACAGUGUGGCGUUGCAGCGGGAACUGGCAUGCCGGUGCGUGUGGCAAGGCCAGCUCGCUCAGCUCGUCCUACACUUUGAAGAGGGGUUCAGCCUGCUGGAAGCUCCAGGUCCGAGAGACCCCAAGGUGCUCUGGAGCUUCCCAUUCGAGCGACUCCGCUCCUCCGCAGACGACGGUGCCAGGCUGCUGUGGCUGGACUUUGGGACUGACGAAGAAAUUGAAUUAGAUCUGGAGGCGUGUCCCAAGCCUUUGGUCUUCAUCCUGCACAACUUCCUAUCAGCAAAGAUUCACCGGCUGGGCUUGUACGCGUAGUGACGUGACCCAACAAGAACUGACGUGUAACGGCUGUAGACUGAGUGAUGGCUGAUGGUUAGGACCAGGCUUGCGUCAGAGUCAGCUGCUCGGGACUCAGUAAAUGUUUCCUUUUAAUUUUUCUGGAAGGGAGAUGUUGAAGGGUGUGCAAAAUUUUAGAAUUCGAGGCAUGAUUCCAAGUAUCAUGUCAGCUGUUUUAAGUCGACCAUACCAAGAUAUCCUACUUUCUUCCACAUCACUCUGAUGUGGCCUUGAAGGAAGGGGAGCUAGCAAGUUUUACGAUCCACAUUAUAGACUCAGUGUUAAAGUAGACAAUAUUGUCCAGUAUUUCUCUAAGAAGAGAGUCUUGUGGCUUCUUUUGGUUUUGACAUUAGAGAGAAAUUGUAAAGAGAAUAUAAUAAAUAAUUUUUUGGUAGGGCAGUAAAUUGUUGGUAAAAAAUGCAGUUUAAUUUUACAGUAUUUAAAUUUGUACUCUGGACGUAAGUAUAGGAUCAAUUUUUCUGCAAUGAAUAACUUUCUGUAUGAUUGCAAAACCUAACCUCUCUGCCUACUUAAUUUAGCUAACCUAAUGCAUCUAAUCAAACCUACAGAAUGUUUGAGAUAUAUCGCAGAGAAAUAUUUUUGUUGGAGGAAAACAGAUUCUGAAUUCACGUCCAGAUAAAAUACUUUAGUAACGUCAAUGUUAAAAGAUUUAUCCACCAUAAAACAUACAAUAGUUUCAUUCAGGGGAGCUUUGUACGUCAAUAAGGGGAAAAUCUAAAAACGAUGGACCUCGUUUAGAGAAAUACCAAUCGUCCCUUGCAGCAGACUCUGAGGGAGUCCAGCCCGUUUUAACAAAGCAGCCGGAGGCGCAAAGCUAGAGCUCUAGAAUCCGUCCUGUAAUUGGUCACCAAUAUUCAUUUCAUCAUCUUGCUAUCGGAGUUGCUUUAGUUUUGUGUACAAUUUGUUUACUCUAGUUAUUUGAGUUUUAAUUGUUCAAUGUACUGCAUUUUGCCCUCUUGCGAGAAACUGUUGGUUUCUGUAAUAAACUAAAGAAUAAUCAAACAUAAAUUUUUUGAGAUAAUAAAAUCUAAGAUGAGAUGAAAAAAUGGAAGAUCUGUACCAAAUAAAAGAAUAUUAAAUAAUAUUUUAACUGAUUAGUCUUUAACAAAUAAAGCGCAAUUCCUGAAUUACAUUUGUAGUGCCACUUGAAUAAUAUUAAUGAUAUUGUACGAAUAAAUAAAAAGUUGCAUUCCUGUUUGUUUUCUUAGAAAACUCGGUACUGAAUAUUUUUGAGAGGUUUAAUUGAGUGACGACUACUAUUAAUUAAUUGCCUUAAGUACAAAUGAUUAUAUGGUCACUAUACUUAUUGUACUAAAAAAACAUUUAUUUGUAAUACGUAGAAUUUGUGUUUGGUUUUGAAUAAUUUAUUCUAUUAUUUGAUUUAAUUUGUAGGUAGUGUUUCAUUUUUGAGUGAUUGAGGUAGAUAUGAUUAUGUAAAAUGUGUGUACUAGAGUAGGUACGUUUUCAUGAUAGGAUAAAUAAAUUUUGACAGAAAAUAAGUAUUUUUACUGAAGCGCAACGAGAAGUAUAAGAGAGGAAAUUAAAUGGCUUAUUAUUAUAUUCAGUUUUCAAAAGGUUUAUAAGUUGAAAAAGUUUUAGACUGUUUUGUGCUGCAUUUGGAAAUAAUGUAAUGCUACAAUUGUCAAUAAAAAAGUUCCUGCACUGGCAGUUUGAAUAAUAAGUGAAUGUUUUAAAUUUCAACAUUUUCAUGCUUCAGUACAAAAUUAAGUUUGUUUUGUAUGGUAUUUUUUAUUCAGUAAUGUUAUUUAAAUUCAUUAGAAAUUCAGAAACGCAUACGGAUUAAAGGCACUAUACAUUUUUAACUGUAUAUUUCAUUAUACAGAUAAUAAUACAACAGUUAUGAUCACAACAAUUAUUGUAGUUAAAUGAAAAUUUAAAAGUAAUUUCUGUUUACUUUGAACAUGUAAACCUUAUUAGUAUUUAGAAGAAAGAAAAGUAAUGCUGGCCAAAAACUAAAUACAAACAUUGAUUGUAAGGUUUCAUUUUUUUUAUUGCAGAAGUUAAUAAGGAAGCGUGCUUAUUGAAAGAUUCGGACCAGUACUAAAGUUUGAGUCAAGUUUAGAUAAUGUAAAAUUAAUGUUUAUAAUAUUAUAUACAUAUCGUUACAGAUAAACUAUUUUAAAUUGGCUUUUUGAAACACUGGUGUAUCGAAUUAGUAAAAGCAAAUGAAGUUCAUAUACAGGGUGUAACAAAACUCCUCUACACAACAUUUAGGAUAUUGUUCCCUGACUGAAAUGAAGUAAAAAACCAAAAUGGUCUAUCCCGUUCCGUCUGUUUGUGUUUUUAUUUUAAAACAACAUAUUUUAAAAAUUAAUUAACUAACUUUGGAAAACUCUGUAUAUAGUCACAAUUUGCACAGUAAAUUUCAAAACGGAGUUUUUUCAAAUAUUUAAACUAACAUAUCUCAAAAAGUACUAAUUUUACAAGAAAAUAACCAAAACAACUUAUUGUAGAAUAGUUGUCAACAAAUCCAACGCCACAUCAAUUGUUGAAAUUAAGUAACAGAUAACUGACUUAUUACAAGUUUAGUCAAACCUCACAACAAGGUAUGGACCUACAAUGGAGAACCAGUUACAGAUAACCAUUACUUAUUGUGGAGAAACUAUGAUUUAUUAUUUCACUUAAACACUACCAAACAUAUAAUCUCUUAUCACUACCAAACAAACAUUAUAUGCUGAUCAUUGUUGUAUAGUGCAAUAAGUUCUGCUCUUGUCUGAUUGUGAAUACUGGAAGGUACCGUAUUAUACUUACAAUUUUUAAUAUUUUACAUUUAGUUUUAGAAAAAAAAUACAGGUUUUGUAUGUCACUAAACAAUGACAUAAUUUUUCCUUAUUGUUUAUUUUAUUGCAAUUAAUAACUUAGUUUUUUAUUUUACAAUCCAGCUUUGUAACAUUUUGGGGAAUAAUAGUAAUUUCUGUUCUGUGCGUUUUGCACAGUUAAUAGGGUCUUUUGAGCUGUACUUGACUGAAAUGUUCACAUGAACAGAACUCGCACAUUCUGACACAUUAUUGGCAGAACAAGAAAUUGCUUUUAGGUGAAUGUUAAUCUGAACUCCUAAUGAUUCAGUUGUGAAUUUAAGGGGUUAUGUUGAUGGUGGGAUUGUUUUAGGUAUAUACUGUAUUCUGUGAAAUCCAUUAUAGAAUAAUAAUUUUCCAAGAGACUCUGCGAUGGCAGCUUUGAACGGAGUACUUUUUAGUGACUGAAAAAUAUAUGUGAUUGAUUUAUCUUCAUUAAACCCUACCCUUCGACAGGGGCUACCAGGGCAGGUCGAACACAAUACGUAACGUAAGUGCACAAAGUUGGUGAGUGUUACGCACAAUUUUAUAGUUUAUAACAAGAGAACCAUAAGUGGAUAAUUGUGGUGUCAGCAGGGAGACGAGUUUACUUAAGAAAUGUUUUGUUUGCUAGCGCACAAGAAUUCGGUUUAGUUUGAUUUUAUCCUCCAUCUUAUUUUUCUCUUUGUUGUCAUAUUUUACUCAAACUGUGAUCUGAAUAUUCACAUAAUAUUGCUGUACAGGAUAGCAAUUAAAUUAUUUUGCAGAAAUUCAGAUGCAAGAAUUUGCUCUUCAUGUUUAUAUUAUGUAUUUACUCGGUCAUUGUAAAAAUAAGAUUAUCAAAAUCUUGUUGGGAAAAACUUACCUGUUUAAUCGUUUUUCACGAAAAAUGCUUGGAGAACAAAACCUUGGAGAAUGCUUUGCAAAUCAUUGGUUAUAGACCUUUUUGUGUAGUUUUUCAUUAAAUAAAAAAAUGUUUAUUUGUAAAAUCUAAAACGGUUUUUAGAGUUUUAUUGAGUUUGAGCAAUUUUUAUCAUUCUUAAAAUGUAAUAUUUUCAAGAUUUUAGACACUUGUAAAUAAACACUUGAAAGAAAAUUAAAUUAUUUUAAACAACAACAAAUAAUUGUGGGCUUCAUGAUGUAAAACUUGCAGUUCAAAGUAAAAACUACUGUUGUAAAGUAGUAAAUGAAUUAAUGUAUAUUUAUAAACCAUAUCCUAUUUCUCACUCUUAAUAAAUGUAAUAGCAGAAGUUUUGCAAUUUGCCUCGAUUGUGUAGGGUUUAAAUUUUUUACCCAAAACUAAUUUAUAAAUUAUUGUACACAAGUAUUAAACAUGUCUUAUUGAGUAAACUUUGACAAUAAUACAAAAUCCAAAUAUUUUUAUUCGAUUUUAUCAAUAUGAGGUCAAAUUUAGUAUGGUAGCAUUAUCUACAAAUCACCGCACACAAAUAGUCUUAUCACAAAACAUUUUUGUAAAGCAAUCCUUAUGGUAGAAGAUUUAUUCCUUUAUAAAGGCAAAUGGCAGGAAUACACGUAUCAAACCUGUCAUAUUUGUUCUUAUUUUAUUUUGCUUCCAAGUCCACAGAGUGAAGUAAGAUCGAUAAUAAAGAAUACAAAUUCCGACUGUGCAAAAUUUGUGUACUCAUUAAUAAUUGGCCAAAUGAUUAAAACGAGUGGAAGUGUUCUUAAAGUAAAAUCAAUCCCCAUAUAGAUGUAAAAAAAUUUAACAAAAAUAAGUUUGUUGACGUAAUUAUGCACCAUUCCUGAUUUAUUUGCAAUUUAUCGCAAACAAACUAGCUACUUCAUUUCUUCUUUCUAUUCAUUGAUUAUUCAUUCACAACAAUUUUAUUCUUAAUAGCCUGGACAUCUACUUUGUAUUGUGUUUCGGAGUAUUUUCUUUCUUUUUUUUUUACAAAAUAUACAUUUCUUAGUAAACUCGUUUCUUGUGCUCUCAGGACUUAAGUACCCAUUAUUAUUUCCUGUGCUUGUUUAAUUUAAGAUUUGUACAUAUUUUAAAAGCACUUUAUCUUAUUUAUUUAGAGUUACUUAGAUAUUUUCAUGUAAAGGUUGUAUUAUUCUAGAAAAUAAUUUUGUUUGUGCUUUCUUUUGCGAUGAAAUUGUAUUUUUGUAUUACCACUUUACUUUUAACCGGAAGAAUGACUGAUUGUAAUUAACUACAGAUAAUAUAAGCGUUAAUAGUAACUAAACACUGUAAUCUUGUUAACGAGUUAAUGACAUAAUAUGAUUUCAUUGUAUUAUAUGCAAGUUUUGAAAUGGAUAAGCUAAGAGAAGUUUGUUUCUUACUACUUAGUGAAUAGGUCUUAAAAAUAUUACAUUAGAAAAACAUUUUGUAAUAAAUCAUUAAAAUAGAAAAAUAUCAUUGCAAUUUUUGAUUAGUUUUGUAAGUAAUAUGUGUAUUUUCUUCAUUGUAUAUUAAAAAAAUAAUAUUUAGAAUAAAAAUAAUAAAAUGGAAAAAUGUAAUUCUGUCACUUUAUUUUUAAGAGCAGAUUUUGUUGUUCAGUUCCUGCAGUGCUUGAUCAAAAGUAAUUGAUAAAUGUUUGGGUAAAGGUAUUUUUGUAUUAUGUAACUUCUUGCAAUCUUUGCUCUGCUUGAAUGUCUCCAUUGGAAAUCUCAAAGUGGAAGAACUCUGGUGGAUAACUUAGUCAGCUUCUUCCCAUCAACAAACAACCUCUAAACAUUAAUUUUAUUCCGUACUUCGCAGGAUAUCUAAUCAACACGCACAAGCGUGACAAACAAGUCAGCCGUAAAACCAAUAUUUCUUACGUCCUAUUAGAACUUUCUACUCUAAGCGACCCAAAUAUAAUUUAUUCAAAUGUUUCAGUCAUUAAAGUUGCAGAUUUUAGCAUUUUCAAUAACAAAUUACGAUAAUGGAAUAUACCUGUCUGACAUGUUUGUGCGUGUUGGAUCACGUUGUUACCAGAUGCUCAAGGCUUGCUGCUGCCAGUGUUAAGCAAUAAGUGAAGGCAAUUACAAAAGUCAAUUCAUC